AUUUCCAAUUUGGAAACUCUGCACAAACGGUCACAACUCGAGGAACACUAUCGCUGUCUUUUAGACGCACGACGACAAUUGACAGAACUGAUAGCACGCAAACACCAUCGAGCGACGCAGAAAUCUAAAGCCUUCUUCUACAUCCACGCCAAUAAAAGUGGGAGACUCCUGGCCAACAUGAUCCGACCGCAACAAGCCAGGGCGCAG